UCUCACCUAUUUCUCUCUAGAAUGCUGUGUUCGAAGUAAUUCUUUGGCGGGAUUUAGCAAAUUUUCCAUUUCAAAAUUUCGGAGCAAAUUUCCUGCAUUACUACUCCAUACAACAUCAUAUUUCAAAUCAGUUUAAAUUAAGUCCACGUGUAAUUUAACCCUUUGAUGUUUGAUCAACCGAAAUCAUCAAUUACAUUACAGAUCUGAAAGCUUUCCACACCUCAUCUACCGUACACCAUAACACACAGGAUAAAACUUGUUGCACCACAAACUUGCCUCUAUAUAUAUUUCUCAAUCUCGAGCUCCUUUGUUCAGAUAAUGGAGAAACCAGCAUCUUCACUGUCCGAUCCGAUCACCGGAAAACAAGAAUCAAAAUCGAAAUUACCAUCGCCGUCCGAUCAUGAUGAUUACGAUGAUCAACAUCAAGAAUUCGCCUCCAAUUUCACCACACUUUUCCACUCUAUUUUCCCGCCAAAACCGUCACCUGUUUCUUUCUUCUCUAUAACUCCCUCCAGCUCCGCCUCCUCUCCUUCCUCCUCCGCCGCAACCGACGACAUCUUUUACUUCGCUGACACCGCCACGGAGAAACGCCUUCACCAAGCGAGUCUCAUUCUAGAGUAUCAAGAUCUCUGCGACCACUACGAUCUCUGUCUGAGACGCCUUCAAUCUCUCUACAAAGAAAUUGAAUCUCUUCGUCAGGAAAAUGACGAUCUCCGACUAUGCAACAACGACUUAGUCAAACUUCUGAGUAUCUCUUCAUAUGCUGCAACGCAAAACCGCCGUGAGAAUAUUGUUGAAGAGAAUCAGAUUGGUGCCGAGCGAGUCAUUUUGCCGAAGAGCAUUUCGGUUCGGUCUAGCGGUUAUCUCAAAAUGAACCGGCAAGGUACUGCAACCGCAAGCUCUUCUUCUAAUAGACCUCGAGGACUCGCGAAUCGUAAUCUCGAUCAUCAACUCAGUAUUCCUGGAUCGAGAGUGUGUGUGCCCGCAGGAGGCAAUAGGAAAUCAUCAGAGGAAGAAGCAAUGGAAAUGGAUGUAUACAAUCAAGGGAUGUGGAAAACGGAGUUAUGUAACAAGUGGCAGGAGACGGGGACGUGUCCAUACGGAGAUCACUGCCAGUUUGCUCAUGGAAUAACGGAGUUACGCGCCGUUGUUAGGCACCCAAGGUACAAGACUCAGGUUUGCAGAAUGGUUGUUGCUGGUCAAGUUUGUCCCUACGGUCACAGGUGUCAUUUUCGACAUUCUCUAACUGACCAAGACAGACUCGUAAUGGGCCCACGUUAAAAAUCUAUAUACAUCCCCCAUAUUAAUAAUAAUAUAUGAAAAUGUAAAAAUCAAGUAAAAAUAAAUCAUGUUUUAAAGGGAUUAUAAUGUAUAUAAAGAGGUAAAUGGGUUGAAGUUGGUAAUUUGGGCAUUCUUGAAGGGGAAAAAUGGUACUAUUUUAUGUUUAAAUUUAGGAAAAUACGCAUAUAAUAUAAAAAUAAUGCUGAAUUGUGAUGUGAAAGUUGAGGUUGGUUAUGGUUAUAUGGAAUUGAAGCAACCAGCCAACCAACCAAAAUAGACCAAACUUGAGGUUUGUAAUGAUGAAGAGGAUGAUGACACUUUUGAUGUGCAAUGCAAUGCUACGCAACUUUCAUUUGAAGUUAGUUACAGCAUGGCUAGGCUAGUUUAUGGUUAUAUAUUGGAUUGCUUUUUUAUGUUUGUUUUUGGUGUGGACGUUCGUGUACAUCAUAUAGUUGUUACCGUUGGAUUUAUAUUUUUAAAUUGUGAUGUUGAUAGUGGAAGCAUAUAUCUACUUGUUUCUGGACUUCAUCAGUACAGUGAAUUUCAGCAAAUUUAUUUGUA